AACAGCGAAAAGCUAACUGAAUGUCAGACUGUCGUUUCGCCUUAAUGUCUGGGCUGGUGGCCCUUUUUGGAGGGGGCGCCACAAUUUCAAAAAAUAAAUGCGCGUCGCUUAGUCGCAAUUCAACCUGUAUGGCUAAAGGGCUGGAUCUGGAGCGUGUUUAUUAUUUAUAUUAGAAACAGAGGCGAAGCAAAUUGAACGUACUAUCGAUUGAUUUUGUUCUGUGAACAUGGCCAGUCGCAUCGCUAUUCUGAAAGUCCUGCUCAUUGUUUUAAAUGUGAUUUUAACGCUGGUUGGCAUCGCAUUCAUUGCCUUAUCUGUUUAUGAGUUGAACAACGUUUCGGCGGGCACUUUCCAGCAUAUUGCAAUUGUGGUGCAGAUCUUUGUGGGUUCGUUUGUGGUGCUCAGCUCGUUUCUCGGCUGUUUCGCAGGCGCACGUCUCUCCCUGUCCCUCAUUUGGAGUUUUGUCAGCUGCAUGCUGAUAUUGAUUGGCUUGCAAGUCUAUAUAAUCGUCGCAGCUCAUGUCACGGACUAUGUGGAACGAUCGCGUGCAGAUUUUCUGGCUCUUUGGGCAGAUCAACGUCGCAAUGUGGAGCGAAUCGCCUUUAUCGAGCAAAAGUACACAUGUUGCGGCCAGAGCGGUCCGCAGGAUUACAUACUCCAAGGCGUUGGCUUUCCCCUCAGCUGUUAUGAGCAUAAGGAAAGAGUGCAGAGUAAGCUGUUCGGCAACGGCUGCUUGGAGGCUGUGCAGUCACAUGCUACUGAUAAUCUCAUCUACGGGCUGAUCAGCAAGUGGCUGCUCUUCGUACUAGAGCUUUGCGCUUUGGCCGCAGCCACCCACUUGGGCGUCACCGUGCGCAAUAAACAGCGACGCGAGCGUUUUUGAAAAGGUUUCCCAAUUGGCCAUUAGCUCAUAAUGCAGCUGGAAACUUAAACGUAGCAUCCUUAAGUGUUGGCAUUUUACAAUAUACAAAUAUCGUGCGAAACGAAAUGAAA